UGAGAAGUACAAUUUUAUUCCCCUGAAAAGGUAUAAAAGCUGAAAAAUCUUAUUUCCUCCUAUCGAAAGCUAGAGGGACGGGUAAAACCAUGGUGCAACCAGUACUGCGGCCUUUUUUUGACCAGAGAGGCGUCAAUUUUCAAGGGUUGUACAUUGUAUUUUUCAAAGAAUAGAAUAAGCAACCUGUGAACUUACCUAUUCAUAAAUUCUCUAUUUAAUUGAAUACGCGUUCCUGAACAACCGGUAAACAAAAGAAAACAACUGGAYCUCAAUGAAUUAGAUCAUUUUGUACUSUGAAACGUCAGCAUACGGUACAUUUAAUGAGCUAAGAAACAUCUCUUUGGUGUUUUAAUUCCUUUUCGCGAGGGUAUACAGUUUUUUUUAAUUCCACAGAAAUUUCUAUUUAGAUCCAGAACGWYCUAUUGCAUUGCUGAAUAUAUUUUUGAAAAUAUCUCGCAAUGCACCUAAUAGCGAACAUUUUUUUCGUUAUUGCGGUAUUUAUAUUUCGUAAGUGUGACUCUCACCGUUUUACCCCUUGUGAAGCAAGCUAUCUCGCUAAUUGCAACGAGAAAUUUAUCAAAACGUGGAAAGAUGCUCGAAAGGGGGAAGAUGUAUUAAGCGUGUAUUGCGAAGCCUUCAAGGUCUUUGGCAGGUGCUUAAGUGAAGAUUCWCAGUUGUGCAGUGGAAAAGUCCUUGAUCUUUUAAGAGAGGGGUUCAAAGAGCAUCUGAUUUUCAACAUGCGAACAAAUGUUUGCCCUUAUGAUGUGGCUAUCUCGAACCUCAAGGAGCUAGUGAAAGCUCACAUAUCUAAAGAAAACAGGACAGACUUAAAAUUGACAAAUCUUGAACAUAUUGCACCUAAAGAGUGUGACAUUGAAGUCAACCAUUAUUGUGCYAAAGAAACUGCAACGAACAUGCUUCGUCGAUUCAAGCACAAUGCUUGUAUGGCUGAAGAAGUGGAAAAGAGAAUAAUCCAAUGCUUUAAAUCCAAGGAAACCCAAUGUGAUGGCAAGCUAUUUCACCUGUUUCUUCGGAUUUUGAAUAAGGUCGGAAGAUAUGUUAURUUCAGCCAGACACAAAAGCAAGGGCUUCUUUCAAAUUGCAARAAAAUUCGUCCCCCUCCUUCUCCUAUCAAAAAUGGCUAAUCGUAUACAUAAGUGUUUGGACAGGCAACAGGUGACAAAGAUCAAGACGAAAUAAACUUUAAAUGAUAUUAGUCUAAAUUUAGAAUUAAAGCUUUUGGUAAGGCCUCRGGUUAUGCAUCACUACUUGUUAAAAUCCCAGUGCCAUUUUAUAGCAACACAAAAGACCCAGUAGUGGAUGGGACCGGCGAUUGCUGGGAGACUGUGUUAAAAUGUGACGGSAUAAAAGAAAAGAGAUUUUUCUUGUUAACUUAUUUGCUGAAUAAAGGUCAAAUCCAAAGUUACUARGAUAUUGAAUAGAUUUUCGUUCAACAUUACAAUCCGCCGUUCUCUCCGACCAUGAGAGCUCAUUGAUCGUUUCAACCAUUCCCACUAGAUUCAAAACAUAAAAGACCGGCUGCCAUG